UGCAUUUCGAGAAGAAUAGGUUCCAGUUGUUAGUUGCUACACGUUUACUGCUAACGAACCGGUGACGAUUCAAACGCCAACCUUUAAGUGUUUCUCUUGACCGUAGCGGUGCUUCAUGGGCCUAUAUUUGGAUAGCCGAUAGGAAAAUCUGCUUCUGGCCACACUUUACGCCUGAGUACAGGUUCUGCAGCAGGUAUCGUGGAGGAUGUCCUACCCACCUCACAUCAACCGCCAGCAGAUUGGCAUCCCGCAGCUUCCCCCGAGGAUCCCUCCUCCUCAGUAUGCUGGGUUUCCCCCGGCGGUCCCGCCAGGCACCCCCAUGAUCCCAGUUCACAUGGGCAUAAUGACCCCCACACCCACAGUCCUUGUCCCAACCACAGUCUCUGUAGCACAGAAGCCGGCAGCUCCCAAGAAAGACCCGGGCACCGUGAGAUCAAAGGACGCAGACGACGGCAGCAGUGGCCCCACCACCACUGUGUUCGUCGGGAACAUCUCUGAAAAGGCAUCCGACAUGUUGGUCAGACAGCUGCUAGCGAAAUGUGGUAUUGUACUCAGCUGGAAGAGGGUGCAGGGUGCUUCUGGGAAACUUCAAGCUUUUGGCUUCUGUGAGUACAAGGAGCCCGAGUCAACACUGCGAGCUCUCAGGCUCCUGCACGAGCUGCUGCUAGGUGACAAAAAGCUGCUGGUCAAGGUAGACGCCAAGACCAAGGCCCAGCUGGACGAGUGGAAGGCCAAGAAGAAGAGUGCCAAUGGGGGAGCAAGUGCAGGGUCAAAAAACGGGGACGAAGAUGAGGAGGAGGUCCUUGAUGAGGAAACCCAGCGUCGGGACCAGGUCGUGAAGGGGGCAAUAGAAGUCCUUAUCCGAGAGUAUGCCAGUGAACUCAAUGCUCCCUCGCAGGACUCUGACGGUCACCCUCGCAACAAAAAGCGCAAGGAGAAGAAAGAGGAGGAGGAUAUCAAUGCCAUGGAGAUGGAGGAUGACAAGAGAGACUUGAUUUCCAGAGAGAUUAGUAAAUUCCGUGACACACACAAGAAGCUGGAGGAGGAGAAAGGAAAGAAAGAAAAGGAACGGCUGGAACUCGAGAGGGAAAGGAGAGAGAGGGACAAAGAGCGUGAACGAGAGAGGGAGCGCCGCGACCGCGAGAAGGAGAAGGAAAGGGAGAGGGAGAGGGAAAGAGACAAGGAGCGGGAAAGAGACAGAGAUCGCGACCGGGAACGUGACAGAGACCGUGAGCGAGAGCGGACGAAGGAGCGGGAGAGGGAGCGUGAAAGGGACAGGAGUCGCGACGUCAGCGAAGACCGCAGCAGAUCAAGAGAGAGGACAAGAGAUGAUAAGAAACGAGACCGUGAAGAAGAUGAGGAGGACGUGUACGAACGGAGGAGACUCGAGAGGAGGCUUAGGGACAAGGAGGCCGCUUACCAGGAGCGCCUCAAAAACUGGGAGAUCCGGGAGAGGAAGAAGGCACGCGACUACAGCAAAGAAACGGAGAGGGAGGAUGAGAGGCGGCGUGAAAUGAUGAAAGAAGCCAAAAGACUGAAGGAAUUCCUUGAAGAUUAUGAUGAUGACAGAGAUGACCCAAAAUACUACAGGGGCAGCGCUUUGCAGAAGCGGCUUCGUGACCGAGAAAAGGAGACAGAAUUAGAUGAACGAGACCGGAAGAGGGAGAAGGAGGAGCUGGAGGAGAUCAGGCAGAGGCUUCUAGCUGAGGGUCACCCCGACCCCGAUGCUGAGCUGCAGAGGAUGGAGGAGGAGGCAGAGCGCCGUCGCCAGCCCCCACUGAAGCUUGAUGCCGAGGAGGAUGUGAAUCAGGAGAAGGUCCACAGGGAUCGGGACCGCGACCGCGACCGGGACCGCGACCGGGAGAAGAGAGGGUCAGGAAGGCAGCCUGAGCCAACGUCCCGUGCCGUUCAGCACCACUCGGAAGAUGACGUGGAGGAAGGUGAGGAUGAUGAGUACCAAGAUGGUGAAGACUCGCAAGACGCUAAGCCGCAUCUAAAACCCACGUUGCGACCAAUCACUACUGCUCCCUCGGUGUCCUCGGCCAGUGGGAAUGUGACUCCAAACACACCUGGCAACGAGUCUCCCUGCGGCAUCAUCAUCCCAGGCGAGAACUCUCCCGAGGUCCAGCCUGCUGAAGAACACCGGCCUAAAAUUGGCCUCAGUCUCAAACUGGGUGCCACCAACAGUCCGAGCCAGCCCAACGCUGGUAAGCGCAAGAAGCUGGCGACCGUCGACAGCGUUUUCAACAAGUUUGACGACGAGGAGGCCGAUGAGCAGCCUCGCAAAAGAAAACUGGUGCCCCUGGAUUAUGGAGACGACGACAAGAGUCUGGGACUGGAUGGGGCAGAAAUUUCAGGGGCCAAAGGCAGCAUUAACACAGAAGAGAAACGCAAGCACAUCAAGAGCCUCAUUGAGAAGAUCCCCACUGCCAGGCCUGAGCUCUUCUCCUAUCCACUGGACUGGGCCAUGGUUGAUUCGACCCUGAUGGAUCGCCGCAUCAGACCAUGGAUCAAUAAGAAGAUUAUUGAAUACAUUGGCGAAGAGGAGGCCACACUGGUUGAUUUUGUCUGUUCAAAGGUGAUGGCACACAGCACACCCCAGGGGAUUCUCGAUGAUGUUGCUAUGGUUCUAGAUGAAGAAGCAGAAGUCUUCAUAGUAAAAAUGUGGAGGCUGUUGAUAUAUGAAACAGAAGCCAAGAAGAUCGGACUUGUGAAAUAAAGACCAGAUUUCCUGGGGGAAGACGGCCAGAUUUUUGUCUCUGGCUCCUUCCUCAUAAACAGUUGUACUACCCAUGAUAGUGGCCCGGCAGACUGUUCACAUGGGCCCAUACACCCCUCCAUUCCAUCAGCAAGGAGCUGCUGCCAUGUGUGUGUUUGCAAGGGAGAGCUUGUGUCGUGAACAAGGUGUUUGCACAAGCUUAUUGCAUGAUAUCAGUUUUGUUGUAUCGUUUCCUUUGUUGAUGCUGUCGAGGCAAAAGCCAGAAUUGCAUUUUACCCAUCUGUUCUCCAAUACGUUGGACACAGUCUGCUUUGAUUUACUGUUGUCAUGUUGAGGCACUGCUCCGUUGUGUGAACUAAUAAAUAAAAAUAUUCCUUUUUAGAAAA